CGACGCUAGACUCGACGAGGCUGAAAGUUGGAAAUCUGCUGUGGACUCUUACACCUUCACAUCCGGACAACAUGUCCAGCAAUCAAUCCGAGAAAGAGCCAAUUAUAGCCCAGCUUCAGGCUUUACUAGAUGAAAGCGUCGCGGCUGGCGUUCCAGGCAUUUCGGCUGCGAUUCAGACAUCCACCGGGACGCAAUGGGAUCUCUCAGCCGGGUACGCAGACAUUCAGACCAAGGCGGCCAUAGACAAGACCACCGCGUUUGGCAUUGGUAGCAUUACGAAACCUUUCGUCGCGGUUCUGACUCUCCAACUCGUUCAGGAGGGAAGACUGAAUCUGAGUGAUCACGCAAAGUCUCUUCUCAGCGCCGAUGUUUUACACGGCAUCCAGCAUGCCGAGGAAGCGACUAUUGCCCAAUUGCUAAGUCAUACCGGCGGCAUCACCAGUUGGGAAGACGAUCGACAAUGGCAAAAGGAUGGACGUGGCGAGAACAUCCAGCCCAGCAAGAUCUGGCAAAAGAGUGAAACGCUAGACUACGUGCGCCGAGCUGGAGAAGACACUGGUCUGAAGCCCGGCCCAUUCCACUAUGCCAAUACGAACUACACGCUUCUCGGCCUGAUUAUCGAAGAGAUAACGAAAAGCACCGCCGAGGCGGAAAUCCGUCGCAGAAUCCUCGAACCCUUGCAAAUGGCAGACACGUACUUCGAGGGCUUCGAACAACCACGGGUAGACCGCACGCCGCAUCGCUAUCACUGGUCGACGCCUACCUUUCACCAGACGGCCGGCUUUUCACCUCACCAUAAACCCGUACGAGAUGAUCUCGUCGAUGUCACGGGCACGAAUCUCUCCGUGUCAUGGACGGCAGGAGGCAUGAUCUCCACCCCUACAGAUCUACUCAAAUUCGCCAACGGGCUGCGAGAAGGGAAGCUGCUGAAUGCACAGUCGAUGGCGGCGUUGAUGGACUGGCAGCCGGCUUUUGAGAAUAUAGACAUGGGCCGUGGCGUUUCUCGACUCCGGGACUCUGGACUUCCGGGGACGUGGGUGGGGCAUAAUGGUGGUGUGCUGGGGUUUACUGCUGCUUGGUGGUGGGAUUACGAGGGUACUUGCGCCGUGAGUGUGUUGGCGAAUGUGGGAUCGUCGCAUGCGGGCGAUGUGCCUUCGCAUGCGGCGCGUGUGGCUAUCAAGACGAAGUUUUUGCGGCUGGCGGCGGAGCUUGCGGCUUUGGGAUGAUGAUUAGAAU